AUGAGAAGAAACCAAACAAUUGAAGAGCAGCUUUCUCCAGCUGCUUCUCCCAUGCAAUUCGGGACUUCUGGGCGAGGAGAGCGCAGAACUGGUGGUCUUCACUCGACAAAACCAGAAAUGUUUCUCACACGCAGGAGAAACCUCCUUUUGUUUGUGUUCGCCGGCAGGAAGCUCCGGCGAACAGCCCCGGGAGACCCCGGCACAGCUGGGCACCCAAUCCCCGGUGGCGCUGAUGGAACAAAGGCGCGUUUUCAGCAUCCCAUGUCAGAGUUUGUGGCCAGGAGGGUGCGAGCGCCCGCGGCUGCUCCAGGGAGCGGCUUCCCGGCCCCGCCUCCCGGCGCUGCGCCCCGCCCCGCAUCGGCGCUCGGCUGCUCGGGCCUGGCUCGCUGCGCUCGGCGCUCGGCCGGAGGCGGGGUGCGCCGCCUCACGCUCUCCCUCACCCCCGCCGGCCCGGCGCUUCCCCCGCCGCGGCCCCGCGCCGCCCCGCCGGCCAUGUCGCGGGGCUCCCGCCUGGCGCUGGCCGUCUCCGCGCUGCUCUCCGCCGCCAUCGUGGCGGCCGUGCACGUCCAGCAGCGCCGGGAGCUGGAGAGGCUGCGGAGUGGCGUUGUCAGAGAUCUUGAGCGUCAGAAUCAGAAAAAGGAGAACAUUCGCCUGUUAGAAGAGCAGAUUGCUCUGACAAAGCAGCUCAUGGAAGAGAGAGACAAGGCGCUAAUGGAAAAACGUUCGCAGCAGUCCUAG